GUGGGUUACGGACAGCAAAGGGUUUGCGCCCGUAGCGAAACCAAAUUUCUUCUCGGGAUCUAGACCCAUGUGGAUCCCACUUUGUUUAAAGAUAAUUUUCCUUUAUAAGUCCACUUAGAUGUCUCAGUUCUCGCUUGUCAGGCGCAAUCACAUUUUCGCUCCGUGUUCAACGCUCUACGAGACUACGACGAUCAAAAACAGUGAACUACGCACCUGAAACUGCGAGAGGCAGUCGUCUACGGCAUGAAGCUCAUCUUCUCUCUUCUCUUUCUCUCUCUAAAAUUUUCCUAUUUUUUCAACCCUACGAUUGCGAGAGGCGGCGAACAAAACUCUAAUCAUUCAGGUUUGGGGAGGCACUUGUUUGAGGAAAACCGCUUUCAGAAACUUGAUAACUUAGCUCGUGGGUACAUGAGUAAUUCUGAUCUUGAGAAGGCCAUCAAGGCAUUCGAUCGGAGGUGUGCCAACGUAUCCAGGAUAUACAGUAUAGGAAAGAGCAUCCAAGGAGUUCCUCUGUGGGUGAUGGAAAUUUCUGACAAGCCAGGGGAGGAAGAGGCAGAACCUUCUUUCAAGUUCAUAGGAAAUGUGCACGGGGAUGAACCUGUAGGUCGUGAGCUUCUGUUGCGUCUGGCAAAUUGGUUGUGUGAUAAUUAUAUGAAGGAUCCAUUGGCAACACUGAUUAUAGAUAAUGUUCAUCUUCAUAUACUUCCGUCAAUGAAUCCUGAUGGGUUUUCACUAAGGAGGCGUGGUAAUGCAAACAACAAUGACCUAAACCGUGAUUUUCCAGACCAGUUCUUUCCUCUGAAUGAUGAUGUGGACACGCGACAACCCGAAACAAAAGCAAUUAUGAGUUGGUUGAGAGAGAGACAUUUCACUGCAUCUGCCAGUCUGCAUGGGGGAGCACUUGUUGCAAAUUAUCCAUGGGAUGGAACUCAGGAUAAAAGGACAAAUUACUAUGCAUGUCCUGAUGAUGAAGCAUUCAGGUUUAUGGCAAGUGUGUACAGUAGUUCUCACUACAACAUGUCUCUGAGCAAUGAAUUUCAGGGAGGAAUUACAAAUGGAGCAUCUUGGUACCCUGUAUAUGGUGGCAUGCAAGAUUGGAACUACAUACAUGGUGGCUGUUUUGAGCUGACCUUGGAGAUCAGUGACAACAAAUGGCCUACUGCUGAUGAGCUUUCUACUUUAUGGGAAUUCAACAGAAUGAGUAUGUUAAAUCUUGUUGCAAGCCUUGUCAAGACAGGAAUACAUGGAAGGAUCUUUUCAUCAGAUUGUGGAAAGCCAUUGCCUGCCUUUAUUUCGGUCAAGGGAAUAAAUUACACGAUUAAAGCUAGUCAAGCAUUCGCUGAUUACCAUCGUUUGCUUGCGCCAGGCGAGAGAUAUGAAGUUAUAGCGACCAUGCCUGGGUACAAAUCAAAGAGAACAUCUAUUUUGUUGGGAGAAGAAGCCAUGACAGUAGAUUUUGUUCUGGAUCCAGAAAUCACUCCCAAAGGGAAUAUAUUGCGAAGUGGCUAUGACUGCAGCUGCGAUCAUAAGAGCAGGUUCAAAUUGGUAGAGUUUUCGCCAUGGCCUUACUGGGAAUUUUCUGUUAUUUUAGUGUUAAGUUUAGCAUUCCUUUGCUUUUUAUUGAAGAGAAGGGUGAUAUUCAACCAUAUAAAGUAUAGACAAUCUGUAGGGCCAAAACGGUCUGGUGUGGUCUAAGGGCUUUUCUGUAUGUACGAUUUGUAAAACAUAACUGUACAUUUCUAUAGAGAGACGAUGAUUGAUCUUAAGGAAAAAUGUAAAGGGUGUUGAAUCAUAUCAAUGGGAAUCCAGAAUGUGAAGUACUAAAAAGUGGUGGACCAGUGAGUUUAUAUUUUGUAAGUGUUCCUCCCACAGGGAGCAAACAUCUAUAUGUCCUAUUUAUUUAUAGAAAAGUGUUAAGUUGCUUCUUGUUGCGCAA